CCUGUAUUUCAGGGAAUUAACGGCGCUAAUGAGGAGACAUCAAGAGAUGAUAGAACAUCUAUCGUGGAAGUGAAUCAGAGAGAAGGAGUUGAUGAAUAUCUGUUUGAAGGUGACAUCCUUCUCACUAAUACUAGGUCUAAAGAACUCAAGGCUGCUUGUGAGCAUCAUGAAGGUUUGCGCAUCAUGAAGCAGCAGCUAACCGAAGCUUACAUCAGAACGAUCUUGAAUUACCUCCAAGCUCGUACAUGUAUUACUUUCGUGGAUGAUGCCACAGCAACAAAUCGUAUAAGAGUGUUUGACGGUGCCGGCUGCUAUUCAGCACUUGGAAUGCAAGGAGGCGAGCAGUCCUUAUCAUUGUCGCCUGACUGUGUAGUAGUAAGUUUUUGA